AUUGAAAAGAAUGAACAAUGUACUCUUUAUGACAACUCUGGACGAGUUAAAUGGAGAGUUAAAAACUCACAAGGAAUCGAAUCACCUGUGCCGGGUGUUUGUUUUAUACUUCAUCCACCAGAUAAAGAAGCGACAGAUGCUGCCGAAAAAUUAAGGCGACAGUACGAAAGAGGCGUUAAUCUUUGGCAGAAAAAACAACUACGCUUACGUCAAAAUAUGAUUUUUGCAACUAUUAAGGUGGUUAAAGACUGGAGUCUUCAUCAAUUUCUCGAUAUGGGAAAAGAACAGCGUACUGCGAUUCGGAAGGCUUUAAGUGAAGAUGCAAGUAAGUUGCUUACUGAAGGUGAUACAUCGGAUCCUCAGCUGCGUCGUUUGCGCCGUGAAAUGGUUGAAGUCAACCGACUUUUUGAUGAUUUUGAAAAGCGUGCCUGUGCUGAAGAAGAGUCUCGACGUGCUGGCUGCAUUUUUACUGAGCAGGCAUCUUUGCUUCAGCAAUCACUCGACGAUGCUGAAAAACAUUUAAAUAAUUUCAUAGCAGCUCCCUUACCAAGUGACCUUAAUGGCCUAAGUAGUCUUUUACUAAAGCAUUCAGAGUAUGAGGAGAAUCUACACAAACUCUCCCCAGAACUUGAUCGCAUGCAGAAAAUUUUUCGAGGAAUUAGUCUUAAGACACCAAAAAUGAAGAAUAGACUUGAUACUAUCAUGGAAAAGUGGAAUACUAUCUGGGCCUUGAGUAAUAUGUAUAUUAAACGACUAAAAUUUUUAGAAGUUGUUCUCAUUGGCAUCGAAGAAAAUUUAUCAGCUAUAUCUGAGUUAGAAGUAAAGCUAGCUUCUUUUACCGAAAUUCCUUCAGAAUUUACGAAACUACAGAAAAUUUUAGAUGAAUUAAUCGCAUUACAUAAUACUAUUGCACAACAGCAGGUCCUCAUUGACCAGUUGAAUGAUAAUACUCGUAUUGUUAAACGCUUUGUAGAAAAGUCGAGACAGAACCAUCACGUACCUAGUUGUGAUAUAGAAAAAUUAGACUCAGAAAUCGAUAAAAUCAAUACAAGAUGGUCAAAUUUAAGUAGGCAAUCAACAGAAAAACUUCGUUGUGCUGAAAUUUCCUAUGGACUGGCGCAACAGCACGAGACACCUUCCAAAAAUGAAACAGAUUUAGUUUAUCGAAAUGACGAUACGCUUGAAAACUUUCCUGCACUUAGUACCACAAAGAAUUUCCUUAAUAACGAAGUUGAUCGUGAUCCAGCAGUAGAGGCUCUGAAUGAUAGCAGUACACGUUUUCUACGUGAAGGCAAGCAAGCUGCAGAAGAAAAACUAAGGCUUUGCAAGGAAUCACUCGCCCAGCUAUUGGAAUGGAUUUCUGAAAGAGAGAAUACAUUAGCUCAUCAAGCUAUUGUUAAUGAAGAUAUUGACGAGCUUAGUAAUCAGAUCCGCAGUCUAGAGAAAAUAAAAAAUGACAUAGAUGCUCAUAAUCGGCCCAUAUCAGCUUGCGUCGAUCAAGUCAGGCAGAUUGUCCUUACUACUACGGAUAUACUGUCAAGCGAAGAGUUAUCUAGUUUGGAUAUCAGUCGAUGUUUAAAAAUGAGGUUUGACCGAGUUUCGGAGCAUUCAGAUCAGUUGCUUAAGAUACUUAUAUCUGCUCGAGAUGAACUUGGAAAAUUCAAGAAAGAAAUUUCUUUAUUUCUUAACUGGCUAGAUAAUUCAUAUUGCUUACUUGAAGAAAAAGAGUGCUGUUUGACUUUAUUGAGCUCGCUGAAUACACUGCCAAGCAGUAGUGAGGCUAGUCGAGAUUUCAUAAGUGAUGUUAUUGCACAUCAAGCAGACCUUCGUUUUAUUACAAUGUCUGCUCAAAAGUUCGUUGAUGAGAGCAAAAAGUAUCUACAAGUUUUAAAUAAUCUGCGUACUAACCUUCCCCAACGAUUUCCUCAUAAAGAGCCUAUCUCAAGUCAAGAUUCAGCUAUGAGAAAUGAGGUUGGUCUAGUGACUGGUCAGUACAGAGAGUUACUUAGCCGAGCAACUACACUUUCUGAAAAACUUACAGUUCUCGGUAAUCGUCAGCACAGUUACCGUGAGUCUCUUAACAAAGCAGUUAUCUGGUUGCAAGAGUUUGAACCCCGAGUACAUCAGCUAUUAGUGGAGGUUGUUACACAUGAACCUAAACAAAUAGAAGAACAGCUUACACACAUUAAAAUGCUUUAUGCUGAAGCAUUAGCCAAUGAACCACUGGUUUCGUCAGUUAUUGAAAAUCUUCAAACUCUAUUACGAGAUCUGAAUGAUCGUCUGGCACUAAAUGAACGUGAACUAUUAGAAGGUCCAGUACAUAACCUACAAGAACGCCAUAUUCAGCUAAGAAAAUCUUUAGUAGAUCGAUGCCGUGACCUUGAUGCAGUUCUGUUGCAAAGCCAGAAUGUAAAAGAUGCACUUGGAAAUCUUCAAGUUUGGCUGACUACAGCUGAAACGCGACUUAAAAGUAUAUGUCGACCAGCAAGCUUACAACGUGAACGCCUUGAAGAGCAGCUUAAAGAACAGCGAUUACUGCAAGCUGAGCUGGAAAGCCACCAAGAAAGUGUCAAAGCAUUAAUAGAUAAAAGCCAAAAAUUCCAAAUAAACGGUACUGCUGGAGUGUGUACAGCGGAAUCUGUAGAAUCGGAACUAGUUGAUGUGCAGAAUCGUUUUGUUAAGUUGUGCGAGCGUUCAGAGCGACGUUGUGCGUUUCUUGAAGAAGUAUCUUGCUUCUUGGAAAAUUUUCUUACUAAAAACGCUGAAUUUGAAGUUUGGUGCUUACAAAUGAUUGAUCUACUGACAUCACGGGAUCUCGCAAGGCUUGAGCUUUCUGAGUAUGAGGCCAGGAUCAAUACGCUCUUAAAUCAGCGGGAUAACCAACGUCCGGUGUAUGAAAACUUAAUACGUACUGGUAAAAUUCUUACAGCUAAAAAAGACAUUAGUGAAAGUGUUCUUAUAAGAGACAAAAUUAAAGCUGCUGAAGCUCAGUGGAAAGAACUUACUGUCCUCAUUGAUGAAAAACAACGAUUAAACAAACUAAGAGCUGAAAAAUUGAUAGCUUAUGAGAAGUUUCGCCAUCAGGUUCUUGACUGGCUCACUCAAACCGAGAACCAUGUACAAAUACUUCAGCCAGUACCAGUGGACCUUGAAAAAUUAAGAGAGCAACUAGACUUAUUAAAACCUCUUCAGAAGGAGUACAAAGAUUUCGGAAGUACUGUGGAUAAACUUAAUGAUCUUGGUAUCGCUUAUGAUAAUCUCACCAAAGAAAGGAGUGAAAGCCCAGCAAGGCGUCGCACAAUUAUUAGCCCGACUAAACGACCGAAUACGACCAAUCUACUACGGCAGAUGUCUCAUGAUGAUCGUUCUCCUUCUCCCAGUAAGACUUAUACAGCUCAAAGUCCAGUUUCUCCAAAUGAUAGUAGUGGAUUUAGUAGUAGACGUUCUAGUCAGGACGGCUUUCACUUAGAAGAAUUGUCACUCAUACAACAGCAGUUAUCAGAAAUUAACAAUCGCUAUGAGCUUCUUGGUGUUAAAUUGUCUGACAGACAGUUAGAGCUUGACACCGUUAUAGAAGAAUUAAGGAAAUAUCUCGACAAUUUAAAAACACUCAAGCAGUUUCUGGAUAAGAUUCAACGACAGUUGCCCAAGGACUUUAUACCUGCAACAAGAAUUGAUUCAAAUAAAGUGACUAAGCAAUUUAAAUUAGUAAUUGAAGAAUUGUACGAAAGACAAUCUUUAUUAGAUAGCACUGUCACUCAAGUACGGGAUCUUGUGAGGCGAAAAAGUGAUUCAGACGGUGUAUAUGUCUUGAAUCAUGAAUUAGAGGACAUGGUCAGCAAAUGGAAGUCCAUCUCUGAAAAAUGUAAGGAAAAAAUUGAUUUUCUUGAUGAUAUAAGAAAUUUUUAUGACACAUACGAGGGGCUCUUCUCUUGGCUUGGUACCAAAGAAAAAAUGUUAAGUGCUUUGGGACCAAUAUCUUCUGAUUCACGUAUGGUAGCUAGUCAAGUACAGCAAGUUCAAGUUCUUAAAGAAGAAUUCAGGACACAUAAGCCUCAACUUGAUCAUCUUGUCAAAGUAAGUGAUAAAGUACUCGUUCGAAUUAUUUCUGAUUCGAUCGAUGCACAACAGAUUAAACUUAAGCUUCAAACCAUAUUGCAAAAAUGGAGUGAUCAACUGAAUCGAUUAGAAGAUAGAGCACAUAGCCUUGGAGAUGCUGUAGAUACUAGUCGAGAAUUUGAUGCUAGUCUUAAUCGGCUCCAUAAUGCUUUACAAGGGAUAUCUGAUAAUUUAGAUGAAUUGCCGUAUAAUAAAAAGGCAGAAGAACAAUUGCGAAAAGUUGAAAAUCUUGAGCGACAGCUUGAAGGUCAGCGGCCACUUCUUGCCGAUGCUGAAUCUGCAGGAGAACAGUUGUGUGAGGUAUUAAGUGAUGCAGCUUCAAGGUCAGAUAUUCAAGCUAAAAUAUUAUUAGUUGGAAAGUUUUACAGUAAUAUACAAAAGAAGCUUGAUCACAAAAAAGCUGAAAUUGAAGGCAGCCUGAAAGAUGAGCGUCAGUUUGAGGCAUCUUGUAGUAAAAUACUUGGGUGGAUAGCUAAUGAACUUAGUAAUAUGUCUGAAAAAUUUCUUGUAUCUGCUGAUCAUGAAGUUUUGCAGCAACAACUCGAUCAUCAUGAGCCUGUCUAUAGAAAUGUCAUGAGCAAAGAACAUGAAGUUAUUAUGUUACUUAACAAAGGUCGUGAUACAGCUCAGACAUCGAAGUCUCAAAAAAUCGAGAGUCGAACUCUGUAUCGAGAUUUGGAUAAAUUGCAAUUUCAAUGGGAGCGAUUAAAAAAAGAUACUUUAGAAAAGCAAACAAAGUUGCAGACUUGCACUGAGCAAUGUAAAAAAUACUAUAGAGUGCACAAUAUUUUUUUGCCUUGGCUCAGACAAGCUGAAGAUAAGCUUGAGAGUCUUAAGCCAGGCUCUUUUAACCGUAAAGACAUAGACAAACAACUAAAACAGCUUUCUAUGUUUAAAAAUGACGUUUGGAAAAAGUCUGGUGAAUUAGAAAAUACUAAUACUCUUGGAGAAACAUUUUUGAGCGCUUGUGAUAUUGAUAAGGAUAUAGUAAAAACUGAGCUCAGUACAAUAAAACAACGAUGGGAUAAGCUUAAUAAUGACUUGCUAGAAAGAAAUCAAUCAUUAGAAAAUAUGGCAAGGCAUCUUGCUCACUUCAACGAAAAUUUACGUGAGCUUGAAAACGGAUUAGAGCGAUGUGAAGACAAACUUGCGUCUCAUGAUGCUCUAGGUGGGGAUGCAAAAGAUCCUAAACUUCUUGAUCGAAUAAAGAAUUUGAGAGAAGAAACAAUCACACUGAAAAAACCACUUUUAGCUGCACGUCAGCAAGCUACAGAUUUAGUACAUAAUGCUGGUGAGCUAGGUGUUGAUGCAACUCAUCUUCAAGACGAGGUAGACAGUAUUGUUGAUCGUAUCGAAGAUUUACAGGCUAAGUUAGAUGAUAGAUGUAAUGAAUUGCAAAGUGCAGCAACAGCAGUUGCACAGUUUACAGAUAUGCUCAAAAAUCUUACUCAAGAAUUUUUGAGUGUGGAGAAAGAAAUAGAAUAUAUUAAAACACCAGGUCGUGAAAUAAAAGUUGUGCGGGAGCAAAUUGAAAAAAAUAGACAUUUUUCUAGAAGUAUUAACCAAUUAGGAGGAGAAAUUGAAAAAUUAAUUUCUUCUGGAGAAAAUCUUAUAGACUUAGGUUUUGUGACUGAUUCAGUGAUUAUUCGACAGCAAGUAGAAGCAUUAAAAAAGCAAUUUGGAUUGAUUGAGAAAAAAAUACGCAAUCAAGAGGAUGAACUAAGCCUACUAUUAGAAAAAUUGCAACGAUUUUGUCAAAUUUAUAACGAAGUAAUAGAUAAUAUUAAAGAUGUUAGUGGUUUGGUCUGUCAGCUUAAAUCGGUAAGCUCAGAUGUUGACUUAAUACGCAUUCAACAAGAUGAUUUCAAGGUCUUAAAAGAUAGUAAAAUUGAGCCAAUCAGUCGUUCAGUAGAUCAAAUCAACUCCUUAGGACAAGCAUUAAUUCAGACUGCUGGCCGAGAUGUUGACACAAAUAGCAUUGAGAGAGAUCUCGAUAGAAUAAAUGAAAAGUGGAAUGAACUGAAAGCAAAGCUGAACGAGCGCGAUCGUAAACUAGAUGUUGGGUUGCUACAAUCAGGAAAAUUUCAAGAAGCUCUUGAUGGAUUAGAAAAAUGGUUGUCUGAUACUGAAGAAAUGGUAGCUAAUCAAAAGCCUCCUUCUUCCGAUUACAAGGUUGUAAAAGCGCAGCUACAAGAGCAAAAAUUCUUGAGCAAGAUGCUUAACGACCGACAAAACUCUAUGUCAUCACUUUACAAAAUGAGUCAAGAAGUAGCUCAAGAUGCAGAGCUUAAAGAACGAAUGGUUAUUGAAAAGCAGCUCACUAAUUUGAUGAGUCGGUAUGAGUUGCUUAACUCUGCUGCAGUUGAACGCUUACAAGGUCUUGAAUAUGCUAUGAAAGCUGCUUGUGAAUUCGAAAAUAAGCUCAGCCCUUUGGUAAGUUGGUUGGAGUACGCUGAGCGCAAGAUCCGUGAUAUGAAGUUGAUACCAACUGAUGAAGAAAAAAUACAACAUUGCUUAACAGAGCAUGAAAAAUUACAUGAAGAAAUCAUCACUUAUAAGUCCGAAUUUAGUAAAUUGACGGAGUUAGCAGGUAAUCUCAUGACCUUUAUUGGUGAAGAAGAAGCUACAGCUCUCGCCAACAUGUUACAAGAAGUAGUGGACCGAUAUACUACACUUGUUGUACAUUCACAAGCAUUAAAUCAAUUACUUGAGCAAUCUCGAAAAACGUUGCGUCAUCUUGUCCUCAGCUAUCAAGAUAUUCAAACUUGGAUGGAGCAAAUAGAUGGUCAGCUCAGCAAAAAUCAAGUACUUUCAUGGCAAACUGAGCGGCUACAGGAACAAAUCAGAGAACUUACACACAUUUCAGAUGAAAUAAAUAAUCAUCAAAUUAAUCUUGACGCCACUACCGAAUCUGGUCUUGAGCUUAUUUGCCAUAUUUCAGCAGAUGAAGCCUUACAGCUUAAAGAGAAACUUGAUUGUUUACAGCGCCGGCAGUCAGAUUUAGCCAUUCGUGGUAGUGACUUGUUAAAACGUGCUCAAGAAAUCCUACCAAUUGCAUGUCAAUUUCAAGAAAAUCGAACACAUCUGCUUGAUUGGAUGCAAGAUGCUGAAACUACACUUCAUUCUGCUGAAGUGCGCGAAGAGGAAGUCUUAAAACUUGAACUUGAGCUCAUGGAGCAACGGGGUUUACUAGAGCGCAUAAAUAUAUUUGCUGGGCAGUUGGGAAAAACUACAAGUGGGGGGAUCAGUAGGCUAGAAGCUUUAGUAAGUCGUGACAACCGGCGUUUUGAUACCGUUACGGAACAAAUUCAGCGACGAGCUGAGCGAAUUCAGCUUGGUAAACAGCGAUCUCUAGAGCUUAUUUGUGAUAUUGAUGAGUCACUUGAGUGGUUUCGUGAAGCAGACUCGCAGUUACGUGAGGCUGAACCUCCUACUAGCGAGCCAGAGGUUGUGCGGGUUCAAUUGCGGGAACAUCGUGCUUUAAACGAGGACAUAUCUGGACAACGUGCUAGAUUAAGAGACUUAAUAUUGAACGCUCGUCGAUUGAUGCGUGAACACGGCUCUCAGCCAGCUGACGAAGUUAUCAUGCUACGUGGACGUGUUGAAGAAUUGCGUGAAAUGGCUGAGACUGUAGCAACACUUUCAGCUGAGCGGCUUACUGCUCUUGAGCAGGCUUUUCCCCUUGCUGAACAUCUACGUGAUAGCCAUGUUAGCUUGUGUACGUGGCUUGAUGAGACUGAGCAGCAAGUUACUACAUUACCCAUGCCUGCUCUUCGACCUGAACUUAUUUCUCUUCAACAGGACCGCAACGCUAUGCUUCUGCAAAGUAUUGCGGAACACCGACCACUAAUUGACAAGCUCACAAAGACUGGUGAGGCUCUGGCACGUCUUUGCAAUGCUGAGGAGGCAGCAAAAAUCCAAGAACUUUUAGAAGCUGUAACUGCUCGAUAUUUUGCUCUGCGGACUGAAUUACGCUCUCGCCAACAACUUCUUGAGCAAGCUCUUCAAGAAUCUUCGGAAUUUUCGGAUAAGCUAGAAGGAAUGCUACGUGCUCUUGCGGAUACAGCUGAGCAAUUACAAGAUUCGGAGCCUGUUAGUGCUCAUCCAGUUCGUCUACGUGAUCAAAUAGAAGAAAAUGCUGUUUUGGUUGAAGAACUUGCCCAGCGUGCUGAAGUAUUGUCUACAGUGCGUCGUGCAGCAGCUGAUGUCAUGAGUAAAGCUGCAAACCGCUCAGAUCCUGCGGCUAUGGAUAUUAGCCGAAAACUUGAACGUCUUGAUAGACUUUGGACAGAGCUGCAGUCUGCAACACGUGAUCGCACACAUAGUCUUGAUGAGGCCCUUACUGUAGCUGAACGAUUUUGGUCUGAACUUAGUAGUGUUAUUGGAGUGCUCACUGAAAUGCAGGAUACCCUUUCUGCCCAAGCUCCUCCUGCUGCUCAGCCAGUUGCAAUUGAACAGCAACAAAUGGUACUACAUGAAUUACGACAAGAGAUGGAUCAAGCAAAACCUGAAGUCGAACAAGUACGUCAGUCUGGACAAGAGCUAAUGAGUCUGUGUGGAGAGCCAGAUAAACCUGAGGUUCGUAAGCACAUAGAAGAUUUGGAUCAGGUAUGGGACAGUGUAACUGCUUUGUACGUUAGACGUGAAGAAAAUUUAAUUGAUGCAAUGGAAAAAGCCAUGGAAUUUCAUGGUACGUUAUCUGAGCUCACAGACUUUUUAACAGAUGCCGAGGAACGUUUUACAAAUCUAGGUCUACUUGGUAGCGAUAUUGAUGAUGUUAAAAGGCAAAUCACUGAGUUAACAAACUUCAAAAGCGAUGUAGAUCCUCAAAUUGUAAAAGUCGAAGCUCUUAACAGGCAAGCUAGUGAGUUGACUGAAAGGACUUCUUUAGAGCAAGCACAGGCAAUAAAGGAACCUUUAACUCAUGUAAAUCGACGUUGGGAAGCUUUACUGCGUGGUCUUGUUGAGCAGCAACAAAUUUUAGAGAAAGCUCUUUUACGGCUAGGACAGUUUCAGCAUGCUCUAAAUGAACUUUUAGUUUGGAUUAACAAAAGUAAAGAUAGCCUUGAAUCAUUAAAGGCUGUCAUUGGUGAAGCACAAAUUAUCGAAUUAGAACUUGCAAAAUUAAAAGUUAUUGUUAACGAUAUUCAGGCACAUCAAACCUCUGCAGACACAUUAAAUGAUGCUGGUCGACAACUCAUUGAGGAGAAUCGUGGAAGUGUAGAAGCUUCCAGUACUGCUGACAAACUUGGUACGUUAAACUGUCGCUGGAGUGAGCUUCUACAGCUAGCUAGUGAUAAACAGCGUGAACUGGAGGAUGCACUACAAGAAGCCCAAAAUUUUGGCGCAGAAACACAGGAUUUGCUAUCUUGGUUAGCUGAGGUCGAUCAGGCGAUUGUCGCUUCAAAACCUGUUGGUGGUCUUCCAGAAACGGCCGCAGAACAAUUAGAACGCUUUAUGGAAUCAUACAAUGACCUUGAACAAAACCGUGCCAAAGUUGAGGCCACUUUACAGCAAGGCCAGGAGUAUCAGCGUCGUUCUUUAGGAUCAAACUCAGCAGGAGCUACUCUGAGCCAGACUUUACGUACUCUUAAACAACGCUGGGAUAGUGUCAUUGCUCGCGCAGGUGAUAAAAAAAUCAAGCUUGAAAUUGCGCUUAAGGAAGCUAGUGAAUUUCAUGAAGCUCUUCAGUCUUUUGUUACCUGGUUAAGUGAAGCUGAAAAUUUACUGGCGUCCUUGAAGCCAGUUUCAAGAGUAAUGAAAACUAUUCUUGCUCAGGUUGAUGACCAUAAGUCAUUUCAAAAAGAUAUCAGCCUUCAUCGUGAAAGCAUGUUAAAUCUUGAUAAGAAGGGUACUCAUCUUAAAUACUUUAGCCAGAAACAAGAUGUCAUUCUUAUAAAAAACUUACUUGUCAGCGUACAGCAUCGAUGGGAGCGCGUUGUUUCUAAAUCAGCUGAGCGAACACGUGCCCUUGACCAUGGUUUCAAAGAGGCACGGGAAUUCAAUGAAUCUUGGUCUACCCUGAUUAUCUGGCUAAAGGAGACCGAAGCUACCCUUGACAAGGCUUUGACUGAAGGAUUAAGGGCUAAUGAACCUGAUAUAAUUAGAACUUGGUUACAGUGCCAUCGAGAUAUUCAACGAGAAAUUACAGCUAAGCAGCUAUUUUAUGAUACAACUACAAAAGUUGGCCGUGCCCUUAAGGAACGAUCUCCUAAAGCAGAUGAACCUGUACUUCGUGAGCUUUUAAGCGAGCUUAAGGCUCGAUGGACAAGUGUAUGUGUCAAAAGUGUUGACCGCCAGCGUAAACUUGAAGAAGCUUUACUGUAUUCAGGGCAGUUCAAAGAAGCAGUUCAGGUCUUACUAGACUGGCUAGAAAAAUCUGAACAACAAUUAUUAGUUGUAGGUCCACUUUAUGGGGAUUUUGAUACAGUAACAAAUCUAUUUGAAAAGCAUCAUGAAUUUGAACGUGACCGUGAGUCACGAGCUCUGCAGUUGGAAUCAGUUACAAGUAUAGGUCGUGAAAUUGAAGGCAAAGCCUGCCAAGAAGAUGCUUGUGCAAUUAACCAACGACUUUCUCAUCUUCAAGCUCUUUGGAAAAGUGUAACGCGGCUUUCUACGGAAAAAACAGCAGAACUGGAAAAAGCAUUGGCUGAUGCUGAACGUCUAAGUACAGAAGUUCAUAUACUUCUUGAAUGGCUGAAUGAUGCUGAGAUAAGGUUACGUUUUGCUAAUCAAUUGCCUGAAGAUGAACAUGGAAGUCGAAAUCAACUUUCAGAACAUGAUAGUUUCCAAAAAGAACUAGAACUGAAAGAAACUGACAAAAAUUUAAUUCUUGAGUUUGCCACCAAAAUUUUAGCUAAAGCACACCCUGAUGGAACUACUGCUAUCAAUCAGUGGAUAAGUAUUAUCCAGUCACGUUGGGAAGAAGUGACAAUAUGGGCUCAUCAGCGUAAUCAGCGACUUGAGGAGCAUAUGCGAGCUAUUCAGGAUCUAGAAAAUUUGUUAGAUGAUCUUCUUACGUGGCUCGAAGGAUUAGAAAAAACUCUUACUUCUUUGGAACCUCAAUUGUUACCUGACGAUAAAGUUGCUAUUAAUGCCCUCAUUUCUGAACACCGAGAAUUUAUGGAAAAUACAGCCAAACGACAGAAUGAGGUUGAUCGUGUUUGUAAGACGAAGCAUAUUAAGCCAAUUAAAGAUAGUCGCAGGUUCUUCAAAGGCAGACUAUCAUCAUUUACCCGUACCAGUCCAGGUCGUGAGAAAACACCAGAUUCUUUGCUACCUCAUAUAGGUCCACGUUUUCCAUCAAAAGAAAGCAAAGGGGCAGAGCUCGAAUUUCAAAAACCACGUGUAAAGCAUUUAUGGGAUAGCUGGAGAAACGUCUGGAUGUUGGCCUGGAAACGGCAAAGAUGUCUACAAGACAAAUUAAAUUACAUUGAAGACUUAGAAAAAGUUGCUAACUUCAGCUGGGAGGACUGGCGCAAGAGAUUCCUGAAAUUCAUGAACCAUAAAAAAUCAAGAUUGACAGAUCUUUUUAGAAAAAUGGAUAAAAAUAAUGAUGGCCUUAUUCCCAGAGACGAUUUUAUUCAAGGAAUUCUCAAUACAAAAUUUGAUUCGUCACGACUUGAAAUGGGAGCAGUUGCUGAUUUAUUUGAUCGACAUGGAGAGGGACUUAUUGAUUGGAAGGAAUUUAUUGCAGCAUUGAGGCCAGACUGGGAAGAAAGACGUACACAUAAUGAUACUGAUAAGAUUCAUGAUGAGGUGAAACGCUUGGUAAUGUUGUGUACAUGUCGACAAAAAUUCAGAGUUUUUCAAGUUGGGGAAGGGAAAUAUAGAUUUGGUGAUAGUCAAAAACUGCGUUUAGUAAGAAUUCUACGUUCUACUGUAAUGGUUCGAGUUGGAGGAGGAUGGGUGGCCCUCGAUGAAUUUCUAGUCAAGAACGAUCCAUGUCGUGCAAAGGGAAGAACAAACAUCGAACUAAGGGAACAGUUUAUUCUGGCAGAUGGUGUUAGCCAAUCAAUGACGGCCUUUAGAUCGAAACCAAGUCCUACACUUCAGCGGAAUCAGUUUUUGUCAUCUGGGCCUAUUACAAAGGUAAGGGAGCGCAGUAUUCGAAGUGCACCUAUGCAAAUAAAUCAAACCAGACCUUUGCGAACUUCACUUCGUGUUGGUACACCAGAUAGUCUUAGCGACAAUGAAGGCUUAUUUCGUACUGUCACAAAAAAAGUGAGCAAUACAUCUUAUAGAAAUACACCAGGUGGAAGUCGACCAUCUAGUAGGCCAGCUAGUCGACCGGCGAGUAGAUCAAGUAGUCGACCAACUUCUCGUCAAGGAAGUAAACCCUCAAGUAGAUAUGGCUCAACUCAUUCAUUGGAUAGCACAGAUGAAGUAGGUACACCAAGCCGUAUUCCACUUCGAACUUCAACAAGUGGUAGUACCCCGUCUUCCAGUAGACGUAAUAGUGUAUCAGGAAAAAGACUUAGUAUUUCUGCUGUUACUGGUGCCUUGUCUCGGCCCAGAACUCCAACUGGGUUGAUUACUUCAACUGUUUUCUCCAGCCCAAAAAUGAGUUCAAUGAACCGAGCAUCAAGUAUUCCAUCAUUAUCUGCUGUCAGCUUAUCCAAGAGCAAAACGAAACCACCAUCAAGUAGUUUGAGCUCACCACUAUCUCCUGUUACAACGGGAAUAUUAUCCGGCUCGUCGUUAGAUGCAUCUGCAAUAGUAACUCUACAACAGAAAGAAAAGUCUACCAUUGAUGAACGGAAAACUUCAUUCAGAUUAUAAGUGCGUUACGGUGAAGAAUCUGAGUUUUAUAUUGCAUUAAAUUUGUAAGCAAAAU